AUGGCUGACAGAAAGUGUAUGGUAAUGAGAAGAAAAGAGAGAAAAGAAAAAGAAGCAGCUAAAGUGACCAAGGAUGUAAAGGAAGUGAAGAAUGAAGGCGAUAAGGCAAUGGAUAAUGGAGAGAUCCCAUCAGCUGGGGCGGCAGCCACCAAUUGUGCAGCAGAUAACAUUCAGAAUGGAGAUCUCCAGGUUGAGCCAGUGGAACUACCUCCAUUUGAAAUCAUUGCAGGGGACCGGAUUGACCCUUUUGCCUUUAAGUUUCAAUUCAAGAAUGUGGAAUACUCCUCGGGGCGCAACAAGACCUUCCUGUGUUACCUGGUGGAUAAAGGGAACACAGCUGAUGGGCUGCUAAGGGGUUGUCUGGAGGAUGAGCAUACUGGGUCUCAUGCUGAGGAAGCCUUCUUCACACAGUGCCUGUCAGACUAUGACUCAGCACUUAAAUACACAAUCACCUGGUAUGUGUCUUCCAGUCCCUGCUCUGCUUGUGCAGCAAAGAUAGCUGAAGUGUUAAAGGCCAGGAAAAACCUCAAGCUGAGCAUCUUUGCUGCUCGUCUAUUUCAGUGGGAGGAAGCAGAGAUCCAGAUAGGGCUGAAGGCCCUGCAUGCUGCUGGUUGUAAGCUGAGGGUGAUGAAGCCCCUGGACUUCUCCUACACCUGGGACACAUUUGUGGAGAACGAGGAACAACCUCUGAACCUUUGGGAAGACUGCAAAGAAAACUAUGAGUAUUACCAUGAGAAGUUGGCUGACAUUCUCGAGUGACCACACUGAUGUGGAUUCACUUUCUACAGGUGCCGCUGAUAGUAAUGCUUAUUAAUAAUAAUUGAGGUCUGAAUUAUCUCAGUAGACUUGAGUCUGGACAUGUAUGGAGUAUUUUGAGUUUGUGUACCUCAGGCCACUAUAAUACAGGACACGCUACACAUAAAUACAUUUAUGCUUCAUUAUCCUCUCAAAAUAUUAAGCUGUAUGCUAAAUAA